CACAUCCAGCGCGAACCUCCUCCCACCCCUCACCCCAUCAGGAAAAAAAAAGUUUACUUUUGGGAGUAAAACUACCUGCCAGCGGUUGUAUUUUAACUUUAAAUCUGCUAUCGGACCCCCGGAGCGUGUCGGAAAGACUCGGUUAUUGUUCACCCCGAAGCAUCAGCUGGAAUGUGGGGAAAGUGAGAGGAUGGAGCGAAGAUUGCAUGGAGGCAGUUAGCUUCGGAUGCUAGCUCGCUAGCCUGCGAGACCGUAUCGGCCUGUUGUCUCCGCCCCCGAGGGAAGGUCUGUGAGUCAGCGCUGAUAAGAGGCAGCAUGAGUGCAAGCUGCUCACUGUGGAUGACACACUUUCAAAGUUCUUGUGGCCACGCCCUUCUUGCCUUCAUUCCUCUGCACACACACACCAGCCAGGAUCCUCACACACUGUUGGACUUUCAGCAAGUCGUCCUGAAGAAAUGGUGAUAAUUGCCUUUUCUGGUCAGUGAAGAAGAGGAAGCAAAGAGUAUGGAAGUCAACGGGGAAGUCAGUGAUUCUGACAGCGGCAUCAUCCUUCACUCUGGCUCGGACAGCCCGACGUCUCACGCGAAGGACGUCAGCACGCACACGCGGGCCAUGAGGCUCAAGCACCAGGCGCUCCAAGAGCGACUGGACCUGUGCCUCCUGGAGCUGAAGAAGGUCUGCAUCCGAGAAGCCGAGCUGACGGGCCGGCUGUCAGGAGAUUAUCCUCUGCUGCCGGGAGAGAAACUUCCGCAGAUCCGCAAACGCAUCGGAGCUGCUUUCCUGCUGGACCAGCACAGCAUCCCCGGGGGAGGCCAGAUUAAAGAGUCCGCCCUGAACCAGGUGGAUGCCGAGUUGGCUCUCCAGUUCAAGAUCUACGAGGCGGCGCGUCAGCUGUGCCAGGACCGGCACCUGGCCAAGGCAGUGAGGAAGAGUCGCCUGAAGCAGUGCAGGUGUGAGGAGAAGAAGCUGCGACAUCUGCAGGAGACCGCCUUCCAACUGCGGCUGGAGCACGGCCGCUCAUCACCGCUUCCUGCUUUCAGCCUCCCACUGCAAGAUCUUGGAGCUUCUGACGACAGCUCCUUGUCUGACUCGCUGGUCCAGGAUGAAGAAGUAGCCAGCAAGUCUUCAGGACUUCUAUAUCACAGAGAGAUGGAACCACCAACGCCAGUCUGCAUGUCCUCAGAGUCCCACACGGACUCCCCCUCCCAGUCACCCAGCGUGGGCGCGGCACCUGACCCCGGCCUGGACGCGGCUGUGAGUUUGACCUCCAGCCCCGCCGCCUACGACCCGCCUCCCAUUCAGCACUCGCCUUGGUCUGAGUCGAGCCUGGACCAGCCGUACCAGAAGAAGUCACGUUCUUCCUGCAAGGCCAGUCCCACCAAGGCGGAGUUGCUCCCACCACUGGAGGCCGACCUGGCACAUUCAAGUCUGCCCCAGCAGCUGUCCCGUCUGAAAGUCAGCCGCACGCAGUCCGGCGGCACGCCCUCCACGCCACAGCUGCGUGUCCACCGCCAGCUCUCCCUCAGGAUGUCCAAUGAGUCCCCACUCCUGGUGGAAAAGGAGCGUGGUCGCACCAGAGGUCCCAGGCGGCGACUGCUCGACGACAACACAACCACGGCGGACGCUCCUCCCCUCCUGUUUAGUCGUGUAAACGACGCUUGGUCCGAGGACAGCAACUCCGAGCACUCGUUUGCGUCCUACACCAGCUCCCCCACUGCACCCAGACACUACCAUGCAGGGUUCUACCACAGUCCCAGGCUCCGGGGCCACCAGGUCUACCACAACGAGGACGUGGUCUACCCUCCGUAUGUGGACACGCCUUGGACCUACCGCACCCGGCGGGCUCCCGGUCUGCCCGACGGCUACGAGUACCGCUACCAAGAGGCCCCCGCGGCCCCGCAGAGAGCACAGUGGCGUUUGGCUCCUGACGGCGGACACUCGCCACAGUGGGAUCCCCCGCGGCAGGUGGUCAGCGAGCAGCUGAAGUCCUGGCACCGGCGCAGUCAGCUCAAAGGACCCAGGUCAAGGUCGCUUGACAGGCAGGGAGCAGUCAGGGUGAAAAACACGCCGGCUCGGGAGUUGCCCCGGAACCAGAAUCCGAGGUACCACGAGCAGCAGGUCAUCCAAAGAAGAGAUCUUCAGAUGUCUGCCGACGACUCUCAAGGGCCCUGGCUGGUGGACCACAACACUCACUAUGUGAGCCAAGUGUGAAACCUGGAAUCCUCCCAGGAUCCGACUGGAUUACCUGCCAACAAAUCACUUUGGAAGUCAAGGCCAGAAGAAAUAUUGGCAGAUUUCUCGUGACCUUGAGGAAACUAAUCAACUGAAGAGUUGAAUAAGCACAACUCACGUCUGUGGGGGAAAACACAACAUUUUCGGGGCUAUAAUGCGCACAUUUUUAAAUAAAUAAAUAUUUUUACACAGGACUAAAAGCCACAGACGUUUUGUAAAUGUUUAUUUACACACCUUAAUUGUUUCCAAACGGCAGUAAAACGGAUGAUCAAACAAAACAUAAGUCAUCGUCAUGGACCCACUAGCUGCGCAAGCUUGCUCCCCAAUCAGCUAAACAGACUCAAUAACUUCUAAAUUGUCCAGAAAAGGUAGCCCAUAGUAGCGUAUUUUCGGGACUAUAGAGCGCACCGAUAUUUAGAGCCGCACCCACUAAAUGUUUUGAAAAUAAAAUGUUCCAUAUAUUAGCCGCACCGGACUAUAAGUCGCAGAUAUAUACGUUGUGAAAUUAGUUAUUUACUCAGAAAUAUUCUGUAAAUGUUUAUUUACAUACCUUAAUUGUUUCCAAACGGUGUCUGUGACACAGCAGUAAAACGGCUGAUCAAACAAAACAGACGUCAUCUACAUGGACCCACUAGCUGCGGAAGCUAGCUCUCCAAUCAGCUAAACAGACUCAAUAACUCCACGUUGACGUUUUGGUGAAUUUACUGAGGAAUUUGUGAAACUGAAACAAUACAAAACAAUGCCAUUGUAAGUUAAUAAUACUAACACAGACACUCGUAAACGGGUUAGCACAUAAGCUAAGGCUAACGACACUGGCUUCAUUACAUUACGGUAGAACGUACAAAUGAAAACGCUCCUACAGACAUUACACAUGGGACGGUCUAGUAAGUAAGAAUUGUUUUAGUUAUAUUGUAAAACUUACAAAUGCUGAUGAAUGAAGAAUCUUUAUGAGUAGAAACGCUAUGUACACCUGCAGUCAGCAAACUCGUCCCUAAGACGUUGCUAUCAGAAUCAGAAUCAGAAAUACUUUAUUAAUCCCAAAGGGAAAUUAAAAUAGCACAAACAGUUACUCCUUUGUCGGUGUUAAAAUCUAUUUGUUGAAUAUAAAACAUGAUGGUCGUUGGCCAAGAAAAAUCCAUAAGUCAGCCGCGUUGUUUUGUAAGCCGCAGGAUUCAAAGCGUAUGGGAAAAAAAGCAGUGGCUUAUAGUCCGGAAAAGACGUAACACUGAUCUGAUUUUUUUUUGUUACGGGUCACAAACAUCACAGAAAAAUGAACUGAAAAUGGUUUGCAUCUCGCUGCCUCUGACCUGAGAUCUGCAGUUAACAAUGUCGACUUGUAUGAAAAAUGUCCGCCACUAUUAUAAAAACAUGUCAUUAUGAUAGCACAUACAAAUACCCAUGAAAACACUCCUACAGACAUCACACAUGGGACGCGUUAGUAAGUAAGAAUUGUUUUAGUUAUAUUGUAAAACUUACAAAUGCCGCUUGGAGUGAUGAAUGAAGAAUCUUUACGAGUAGAAACGCUAUGGACACCUGCAGUGAGCGAACUCAUCCCAAAGACGUCGUCAUAGCACAAACAGUAACACCUUUGUCGGUGUUAAAAACUAUUUGUUGAAUACAAAACAUGAUGGCCGUCGGACAAGAAAAAAACCUAAAUUAGCCGCGUCGUUUUGUAAGCCGCAGGGUUCAAAGCGUAUGGAAAAAGGUAGCGGCUUAUAGUCCGGAAAAGACGGUAAGACUGGUUGGGUUUUCUUGUGUAACGGGUCACAAACAUCACAGGAAAAAAAUAACUGAAAAUGGUUUGCAUUUCCCUGACCUGAGACCUGCAGUUAGCAAUGUUGAGUUGUAUGAAAAAUGUCCGCCACUAUUGUAAAAACAUGUCAUUACGAUAGCACAUCCAAAUAUCCAUGAAAACACUCCUACAGACAUCACACAUGGGACGCUUUAGUGAGUAAGAAUUGUUUCAGUUAUAUUGUUAAACUUACAAAUGCCGCUUGGGGUGAUGAAUGAAGAAUCUUUACAAGUAAAAACGCUAUGGACACCUGCAAUGAGUGAACUCGUCCCCAAGACUUCGCCAUAGCGCAAACAGUAACACCUUUUUCGGUGUUAAAAACUAUUUGUUGAACACAAAAUUAUUACAUUAUUAACAUUAUCAUCAAUCAAUCAAAGUUUAUUUAUAUAGCCCUUAAUCACAAGUGUCUCAAAGGGCUGUAAAAGCCACAACGACAUCCUCGGCUCAGAGCCCACAUCAGGGCAAGAAAAAGACUCAACCCAAUGGGCACAUUGAGAAACCUCGGAAGGGACCGUAGAUGUGGGGACCCCCCCUGGGCGACCAGUGCAAUGGAUGGGGAGUGGAUCUAGUUACUAACGUGAGAGUCCAGUCCAUAGUGGGGCCAGCAGGGGUCAUCUUAAAUGUAGUCAAGUCAGCAGCGCAGAGACGUCGUCGUUUAUGGUCGUUGGCCAAGAAAAACCCAUAAAUUAGCCGCAUCGUUUUGUAAGCCGCACGGUGCAAAGCGUAUGGAAAAAAGUAGCGGCUUAUAGUCCGGAAAAGACGGUAAGACUGGUAGGAUUUUCUUGUUUUACGGGUCACAAACAUCACAUGAACUGAAAAUGGUUUGCAUUUCGCUGACCUGAGACCUGCAGUUAGCCAUGUUGACUAGUAUGAAACAUGUCUGCCACUAUAAAAUCAUGUCAUGUUCAGUCGUGGUCAAAAGUUUACAUACACUUGUAAAGAACAUAAUGUCAUGGCUGUCUUGAGUUUCCAAUACUUUCUACAACUCUUAUUUUUUUGUGAUAGAGUGAUUGGAGCACAUACUUGUUGGUCACAAAAAACAUUCAUGAAGUUUGGUUCUUUUAUAAAUUUAUUAUGGGUCUACUGAAAAUGUGAGCAAAUCUGCCGGGUCAAAAGUAUACAUACAGCAAUGUUAAUAUUUGCUUACAUGUCCCUUGGCAAGUUUCACUGCAAUAAGGCGCUUUUGGUAGCCAUCCACAAGCUUCUGGCAAGCUUCUGCUUGAAUUGUUGACCACUCCUUUUGACAAAAUUGGUGCAGUUCAGCUAAAUUUGUUGGUUUUCUGACAUGGACUUGUUUCUUCAGCAUUGUCCACACGUUUAAGUCAAGACUUUGGGAAGGCCGUUCUAAAACCUUCAUUCUAGCCUGAUUUAGCCAUUCCUUUACCACUUUUGACGUGUGUUUGGGGUCAUUGUCCUGUUGGAACACCCAACUGCGCCCAAAACCCAACCUCCGGCCUGAUGAUUUUAGGUUGUCCUGAAGAAUUUGGAGGUAAUCCUCCUUUUUCAUUGUCCCAUUUACUCUCUGUAAAGCACCAGUUCCAUUGGCAGCAAAACAGGCCCAGCGCAUAAUACUACCACCACCAUGCUUGACGGUAGGAAUGGUGUUUCUGGGAUUAAAGGACUCACCUUUUCUCCUCCAAACAUAUUGCUGGGUAUUGUGGCCAAACAGCUAAAUUUUUGUUUCAUCUGACCACAGAACUUUCCUCCAGAAGGUCUUAUCUUUGUCCAUGUGAUGUCAGAUGAAACAAUAAUUGGAAUAUUUUCAUGUUUGCUGGAUGGACUGCUGAUUCCAGUAAUGCAAUGUGUACAUGCCUCAGUGCCAAUACUUGUAUGUAUACCAAUGUACUUAAAAAGUUUUUUAAAAAACUGUGCUAUGCUAACACACGGUACACCAGAAAAGACUUGGCAGCUGCGUACAUCCGACUUGUGAGAGUUCACAUCACAACAGGCCAAACUUUGGUCAGCAGCAAACACCAGAACGCUGACAAAUGUCCGUCACACAAAUCAAAAUAGACGUGAUCGCCACUCGUCGUUUUAUUUAUCUGUUAAUUUAUUGUGACUUGUGACUAUCAGAUCGACUCAAGUGGGACUUGAAAUGGGUGAAGAUAAAUAGUGAGCACGUGAAAGGACACAAUCAUCCUUCCUUAUGUGCGUUUUUACUGUCUUUUUUGUAAUUUAAGGAUUUUAGGUUGAAAAUAGAGCAGCUGUUGUAAUAUCAUGACAUUUUUUACCUGUGGAAUAAAGACUUUUGCAUAUUG